GGGCGCUGGUUCCUCGAGUGCCCGGGCCGGGGCCUGAGGAACGGGCACCGGGCCGGGGCAGCGAGCAGUAAGCAGAGCGGACGGCGGGCGCUGCCUGAGGCGACAAGGACAGCGAGCGCUGGUAGAAUGGAAGAUUUUGUUUGAAGUACUAGAAACUAAAUGCUGCCGGGAUCAAGAUUUUACUAGAAACAGAGUGGAUAUCAGUCCCUGCUUGUUUAACUGGGGGAAUAAAAAUGCACAUCUACUGAAGAAAAAUCUGUGGACAUAAACUCUUCUCUUCCUGUUUUCCAAUAUAUUUCAUUGGUUGUUUAUCUUAUUUAAAUGUACAAUAAUAUAGUAGCCAAGAGAAUGCAACUGCUGUUCCUUUAAUAUCAGAACUAUGCACACUACAAUAGGUGUCACUGUUUUGCUUGGUCCAAUCAUGACUGGUGACUUCAGCUAUUGGCUCCGAGCACUGGCUGUCUGACUCCAUCUGCAGGGCUGUAAUACCUACUCUCCUCCGAUCCAUUCACCACACAACUUCAGCCGGCCGAACAGACUCACGCGGCUCCAGCACAUCUUGCUAACCUAAUUCAGAAAACAAGUGCUACGGCUCUCUGCCUGUCACCUUUGCUCAGUGUAGCAUUUUCAGGUGAUCUAGGAAACUGGGUUAUUUUUAUGAGCAAAUAAGAGGAACAGGAAUCAUGAUGGGGAUGUAUUUAACAGACCCAGUACUGGAUAAAACUUAAAGCCAGUUUCUAAUUCAACAUAGUAAAAAGGUCACCUUGCCCGGCUGAGAAAAGAAGCAAAAUAUCAGCUUGCUGGUUUCUGUUCUCAUCUUAGCUCGUGCUAGCCUCUUUUCCUUGAUGCUCACACCGAUUUGGAAUAUCUGGCUAUAAAGAGAGACCUACUGUACUCAUGGUAGAUGACAAGGAAAAGAACAUGAAAUGUCUCACCUUCUUCUUGAUGCUUCCAGAGACGGUAAAGAACAGAUCCAAGAAAAGCUCGAAGAAAACAAAUCCCAGCAGUAGCAGCAGCAGCAGUAGCAGCAGCAGCAAGUUGCCUCCAGUUUGUUAUGAAAUAAUUACCUUGAAGACUAAAAAGAAGAAGAAGAUGGCUGCUGAUAUAUUCCCCCGAAAAAAACCAGCCAACUCCAGCAGCACCACUGUCCAGCAGUACCACCAGCAGAAUCUCAGUAACAACAACCUUAUUCCGGCCCCGAAUUGGCAGGGUCUUUAUCCCACCAUUAGAGAGAGAAAUGCAGUGAUGUUCAAUAAUGAUUUGAUGGCAGAUGUACAUUUUGUGGUUGGGCCACCAGGUGGGACUCAGCGGUUGCCAGGACACAAAUAUGUUUUAGCUGUUGGGAGCUCUGUUUUCCAUGCAAUGUUUUACGGAGAACUUGCCGAGGACAAAGAUGAGAUCCGUAUACCAGAUGUCGACCCUGCUGCUUUUCUCGCUAUGCUGAAAUACAUCUAUUGUGAUGAAAUUGACUUGGCUGCUGACACAGUCUUGGCCACUCUUUAUGCUGCCAAAAAGUACAUCGUCCCUCACCUUGCCCGGGCCUGCGUCAAUUUCCUGGAGACCAGCCUGAGCGCCAAGAACGCCUGUGUCCUCCUGUCCCAGAGCUGCCUGUUUGAGGAGCCGGACCUGACCCAGCGGUGCUGGGAGGUGAUCGACGCCCAGGCCGAGCUCGCUCUCAAGUCUGAGGGGUUCUGUGAUAUUGACUUCCAGACACUAGAAAGUAUCCUCCGCAGGGAAACUCUGAAUGCCAAAGAAAUUGUGGUUUUCGAGGCAGCUCUCAACUGGGCUGAAGUGGAAUGCCAGCGACAAGAUCUGGCUUUGAGCAUUGAAAACAAGCGCAAGGUCCUCGGGAAGGCGCUUUACUUGAUCCGCAUCCCGACCAUGGCCCUGGACGAUUUUGCAAACGGUGCUGCACAGUCUGGAGUCUUAACUCUGAACGAGACCAACGACAUCUUCCUUUGGUACACCGCGGCCAAGAAGCCCGAGCUGCAGUUCGUGAGCAAAGCCCGCAAGGGCCUCGUCCCGCAGCGCUGCCACCGUUUCCAGUCGUGCGCCUACCGGAGCAACCAGUGGCGCUACCGGGGCCGCUGCGACAGCAUCCAGUUCGCCGUCGACAAGAGGGUGUUCAUCGCGGGCUUCGGGCUGUACGGCUCCAGCUGCGGCUCGGCCGAGUACAGCGCCAAGAUCGAACUCAAGCGGCAGGGCGUCGUCCUGGGGCAGAACUUGAGCAAGUACUUCUCAGACGGCUCCAGCAACACCUUCCCCGUGUGGUUUGAGUACCCGGUGCAGAUUGAGCCGGACACCUUCUACACGGCCAGUGUGAUCCUGGACGGCAAUGAGCUCAGCUACUUUGGACAGGAAGGCAUGACGGAAGUUCAGUGUGGCAAAGUCACCGUCCAGUUCCAGUGCUCGUCGGACAGCACCAACGGCACCGGGGUGCAGGGGGGGCAGAUCCCCGAACUUAUAUUCUACGCUUGAGCACGCUUCCCGGAGCAGUGUGGGCUCUGAGGUGCACACCACACUCCUCCUUGCUUGAUGCUUAGCUCAGCUGCAGAUAUGCGAUCAGCGCAGGUAAUUUGUAAUGAACGGAGCUGUAGGCAGGUUCUAAUUUCUUUCAACCUUUUAAUUAUGUACAGACAAAAAUGCGGCAUUCAGCUUUUAACUCUAUGCCUAAAAGAGCCAAGUUCUCAUCAAGGCUUGUGGUUCUUAGAGUUGGAUCUAUACAUCUGGGGAGAUUUUUGAGUUCUUUUCCAACUGCCCCACUGACCUCCCAGUUUUGUCCCUCUUAGGAAGAUUUUCAGAUCACCUCAAAUUCCCUUUUGGGCUUUAUUUUAAAUAGGAAUAAAUAGUCUAAAAUAACAAUAACAAGAAUUAUUUUUAAACAGAACCCCUCACUUCCCGAAAAUCAGAUAAACCUCAGUGUACAAUUUUGAAAGACGUUUUGCUUCAUAAUUAAUAAUUUAGAAAGUAGACAGUAGUCACCUUUACCUUCUUAUUUUAUUUCCUUUUAAAUAUUUUACUUUUGGGCAUUGCUUUUUCUUAAAUCCUAAAUUCAUAAGAUUGUUAAAUUUUAAACUGCAAAGUGUCAAUGUAAAGUAAGCAAGUAAGAAAUUUGAAGUUUUAGGUCAUGACUUUUGCUACAAACAGAUUUAUAUUCUUUUAGUUUAGAAGACAGAAUAUUGCAGUACAGAGACUUCUUUUAGAAGUAACUAAAUUAUAAAAUUUUAUUGUCAUUAGGAAAAAGUUGCAGGCCUUUUAAUUUAAACUAAAACGGUUUUAAAAGGAAGCCUAAAAAAGGUCCCAUACGACAAAUACUUUAAUUGAUGACAUAUUAUAACACAGAGUUUGAAAAAGUCAGACCCUUUUCCCUGCUUAGAUUCUGAUCCCUGCCAUUUGCGGGUUUUCAAAAGUUGUACUGUAUAGCAUUCCUAUUCCCUUUUUCCCAUGAAAAGAGGACCAAACAAUUCUUUAGAUGAAUAGAAUAACAAUUAGUUUUGUAGCACCACAUGUUAAUGUAAUAAGAUAUUUUAUUAAUUGAUUUUUUUUUUUUUAAUCUGAAAUGUACUUCACCGGAUCUACUUUGACCACAUUGUAUCUUCUUAGUUAAUUAUAAUUCUGUCCUGUUCCUGGACUGCUAGAAUCUGGCCUCUGGCCAUCUUAAAGUGCCAAUAUAUGCCUGCAGGGUUUUUAGAAAAUGGUCUAGAGCGAUACACUUGAUGAUACCUAAUAGUCACUGCCUCAGCAUCACAUCCAGCUCUCUUAUUUGUCCACGGAUAAUGUAAACAAAGGAGGGAAAAGCUCAUCAAAACAUUCUCUUUCAGCGAAGGCUUGUGCUGGCUUAGUGCCCGUGACCCUGGUGGUGUCCACUGUGUUCACUCCCAGUUGAAGUAUCCAUGUGUUUCUGGGCAGCUUUUCUGCCCAGCGUGAUCCUGAGAUGGCUUCCCCGCCACCCAGAGUGUGGUCGCUGGCCGCCUCCUUCUCCUGCUCUGUGAGCCCGAAGCUGGCUCUGGAGCAGGGGUUAGUCCUGGGGUGGGUGUGUGCGUGGGUGCCCGUGCGCGUUCAGGUGCGUGCCAGCUCAGGAAUUGUCUCCUCCCUGCCUGGUCAGUGAGGGCUGGGACAGAAAUGGUCCCCCUGCUGGCCCCAGCUGGGCCCCAGUGAGUGACUGCCUGUGCUUCUGGGCCACUAGUCCCCCUGUAGACGUGGGCUUGUUGCUUCGGCCAGCUUCCCUGAUGGAGGAGAACACUGGAUUACGGGAAACGUUUUAAUCACCUUUACCAUUACCUAUGUGUGUUAGCGCAGAUGAUCAAAAGCUAUCAUGGUGAUUAUAGAUGAGUAUUCCCAGGACAACUUUCCAAAAUUAUCUAACAAUUAUUUCUUAUUAGCAAGAUGACAGUAGUUUUUGGCAAACUAUGAAAUAAAGGUACGUUUUCAAUUUAAAAAAUGCUUCUACAAAGGGUAUUAUUUAUAAAUUAUGGUUAAACAUUUCGGUAACUCAUAGUUACUUUGCAAAUUGGUAGACUAUAUACCUAAUUGGAAGGCACUCAUUUUUAAGCCAGAGGAGAAGAAACUUUAUUUAGCACUAAUUUCAUCAUAUCAGAUUGUUGGCGGUGGGUGUGAUAACCUUAGAGUGAAGAUUGUUCAUUCAGUAACACCCAUGGUCAGUGCUCCUGUUAGUAGCUGCCCUCCAGAGGCUGGGGAACCGCUGGGUGAGAGCCACGUGAGAUCCUGUACACUAGGUGUGGAAGAACUUAAUUUUAUAUUAAUUACUAUCACCUGAAAAAGAAAAAAAAAAACAAAACCCAUCCAUCAUCUGAUUGGCUGGUGCCAAGAUCUGUGGGUUAAAUUUGAAAGUUGUAUUUAAAACAAGAAAACUUUAUCUUUUAAAUCCUAUUCUCCCUUCUGCAUUUUCAAUGACAUGGAAUUAAGGCUAAUGUGCUUGCUUUAUUUUCUUUGGUAAUCUCAAAUUUUGUAGCUUUUAAAACUAGAAACCAUUGUUCUGACAAGGCGGGCAACUGUAGUGUAUAAAUGCAACUUUAUUAAACAAUGCCCUAUAGAUGCUUUUCCCAAUGUAUCUGGCAGUCUUUGUCAUUGUUUAUAUCCUGGGGAUAAGGGGAACUAGGCUAGCAGUUCUAAUGUAACAUUCUUUAAGCAUAUCUUAAUAUAGUAUUUAAGUAAAUGGUCUAAUUUCUACAUAACUGUUGCACUGAACUGUCUUUUUUUUUAAGGUGUUUAAAUAAGCUCGCUAAUUCAAGACACUAGCCACUUGUGCAUCAGUGUGCUUGAAUUCAGUAGCUUACAGCAUUAUUUAUGAAGGAAAAAUAUAUAAAUAUGAAGUACCUCAUGUUGAAUGUUAUUGUACUGUAUUUUUAAUGUAACAGUGCAGAUCUUGUUAGACACAUGAAUGUAUAUAAUCAUGUUAAGUGAAAAUAAAAUAAAACUGGUUCAUA